AUGGCGGACGACAGUGAGACAGCAGCGAGGCGGCCACCGGCGAGGCCUCCGCGGCCGUCGACGGAGGAGAACGACCACGAGCACUGCAGCGACUGCGAGAACGAGGCGGAGCACGGCUCCAACCGGGGCGGCUUGAGUCCAGCAAAUGACAGUGGAGCCAAAAAGAAGAAAAAGAAACCAAAACGGAAGAAAGAGAAAGGAGGGGAUCAGCCCGACCAGGCUCAGGAUCAGCCGGUGAAGGUGAAUUCUUUACCCGCUGAGAGGAUCCAGGAGAUUCAAAAAGCCAUCGAGCUCUUCUCUGUAGGUCAGGGCCCUGCCAAAACCAUGGAGGAAGCCAGCAAGAGGAGCUACCAGUUCUGGGACACGCAGCCCGUGCCCAAGCUAGGAGAAGUGGUGAACACCCACGGUCCAGUUGAGCCAGACAAAGACAAUAUCCGUCAGGAGCCAUACACCUUGCCCCAGGGCUUCACCUGGGAUGCCCUGGACCUUGGGGAUAGAGGCGUGCUGAAAGAGCUGUACACACUUCUGAAUGAGAACUACGUAGAGGACGAUGACAACAUGUUCCGGUUCGAUUACUCUCCCGAGUUCCUGCUGUGGGCGCUGCGUCCUCCGGGCUGGUUGCCCCAGUGGCACUGUGGAGUCAGAGUUGUCUCCAGCAAGAAGCUGGUUGGAUUUAUCAGCGCGAUUCCAGCCACUAUCCACAUCUAUGACACAGAGAAGAAGAUGGUAGAGAUAAACUUCCUGUGCGUCCACAAAAAGUUGCGCUCGAAACGGGUGGCUCCAGUUCUGAUCCGCGAGAUCACGCGGCGGGUUCAUCUGGAGGGGAUCUUUCAGGCUGUUUACACUGCGGGAGUGGUGCUGCCAAAGCCUGUGGGGACUUGCAGGUACUGGCACCGGUCCCUGAAUCCUCGGAAACUCAUCGAGGUCAAAUUUUCCCACCUGAGCAGGAACAUGACUAUGCAACGUACCAUGAAGCUUUACCGGUUGCCCGAGACUCCCAAGACUCCGGGCUUGCGGCCAAUGGAGCACAGAGAUAUCUCCGCAGUGCACAAGCUCUUGACCGAGUACCUGAAGCAGUUCCACCUGAUGCCUGUCAUGAGCCGAGAGGAGGUGGAGCACUGGUUCUUACCUCAGGAGAACAUCAUCGACACCUUUGUGGUAGAGAGCACCCCAGGGGAGGUGACAGACUUCCUGAGCUUCUACACGCUGCCCUCCACCAUCAUGAACCACCCGACUCACAAGAGUCUGAAAGCUGCUUAUUCCUUCUACAAUGUUCACACCAAGACGCCUCUCAUCGACCUCAUGAGCGAUGCUCUCAUACUCGCCAAGUCGAAAGGAUUCGACGUUUUCAAUGCACUGGAUCUCAUGGAAAACAAAACCUUCCUGGAGAAGCUGAAGUUUGGGAUUGGGGACGGGAAUCUGCAGUAUUACCUGUACAAUUGGAAGUGUCCCAGCAUGGCACCAGAGAAGGUCGGACUGGUGUUGCAGUAAAUGAUCCCUUGCCAGGAAAGUGCGGCGCUGCCAAGGAGCUGGGCCCGGCGGAGGUGCUGCCCUCAUCCUUUCCGCCGAAGCCGGACCUGCACCGAGAGGUGGAACCGAACCAGCCGCGCAGCCGCCCACCGCCUGGAUUCACCGACUGCGUCCGCAGCGCCAGCUACUGCUCCCCUGCUGGCGUCAGCGGUCUCCUUUGUUUUGAUUUAAUUGCAUCCUCGUAAAGACGUGAUCAAGGGAAUGUAACUGCUGAAACUAGCUCAUGGUUGGCAUAUAAUGGAGUUAACGGGUGAAUAAUAAAAGUAUAUAUUAUA